UGCGACACUAGUCGAACUCGUUUUAACUUCCGGAAGCUAUACUCUCCCUUUCCUGUCAGCCAUUUGUGAUAAACGAUCCAGUUGACCGAUCAUCACCCAAAACCAGAAUGCAGAACGACGCUGGUGAAUUCGUGGACCUGUACGUCCCACGUAAAUGUUCUGCAAGCAACAGGAUCAUUGGAGCCAAGGACCACGCCUCCAUCCAGAUCAACAUUGCUGAGGUUGACAAGGUAACCGGUCGCUUCAAUGGCCAGUUCAAGACCUACGCUAUCUGCGGUGCCGUCCGUAGAAUGGGCGAGGCUGACGACUCCCUCCUGAGGCUGGCGAAGACUGUGUGUGUGUGUGUAUAUAGUAAACUGUCUUAACGGAUCCUCCUUCAGGGCGAGGCUGACGACUCCCUCCUGAGGCUGGCGAAGACUGUGUGUGUGUGUGUGUAGUAAACUGUCUUAACGGAUCCUCCUUCAGGGCGAGGCUGACGACUCCCUCCUGAGGCUGGCGAAGACUGUGUGUGUGUGUAUAUAGUAAACUGUCUUAACGGGUCCUCCUGUCCCCUCCUGCAGGGCGAGGCUGACGACUCCCUCCUGAGGCUGGCGAAGACUGUGUGUAUAUAGUAAACUGUCUUAACGGGUCCUCCUGUCCCCUCCUGCAGGGCGAGGCUGACGACUCCCUCCUGAGGCUGGCGAAGACUGUGUGUGUGU